CCCAUUGGAGAUUACAGUGUCCUGGUCGAGUGGUUUCAUGUGACAAUUUAUGGAAAAUGAGUGAGAUGUCACCAGAUUCACUAAACUGGACCCUUGUGGAUGGAUUUGUCCUCUUGGGUCUGACAGAGGACCCGUCACUGCAGAGGAUCCUUUUCAUAACGUUCCUGAUAACAUACGCCUUGAACCUUCUAGGAAAUGCCUCCAUUAUACUCCUUGUUAUUCUAGAACAAACUCUGCACACCCCAAUGUACUUCUUCCUGGGUAACUUGUCCUUCUUCGAUAUCUGCUUCUCCUCCGUCACUGUCCCCAAGAUGCUCCAGAAUUUGCUGACUCAGCAGAAGGUGAUUUCGGCGACGGCCUGCCUGGCUCAGAUGCAUUUCUUCCACUUUCUGGGCAGCUCUGAAGUUCUUCUUCUGACGGCCAUGUCCUACGACCGCUACGUGGCGAUCUGCAAACCUCUGCAUUACCGUGGGAUCAUGAACAGGAGGAUGUGCGUCUUGUUUGCCCUUGGUUCCUGGGUGACUGGCUUCCUACACUCAUUAAUGCAUACGCUAUUCACAGCUCAGCUUUCAUUCUGUGGUCCUAAUAGAGUCAACCACUUCUUCUGUGACAUCAAACCAUUGCUGAAACUGGCGUGUGCCGACACCACACUCAACGUCUACCUCCUAGCCAUUGUGACCGGAUCCUUAGUCAUGAUUUCCUUCUUCUUGACUCUCCUCUCCUAUAUGUUCAUCGGUUCUGCCCUCCUUCGAAUCAGUUCCUCCACGGGAAGACUCAGGGCCUUCUCCACCUGCGCAUCGCACCUGACGGUGGUUGUUUUGUUGUAUGGCACGGCAAUAUUCACCUACGUGCGUCCAAUCACUGAGGAGUCUCUGCAAGUCGAUCGUUUUGCCGCAAUAUUUUUUACUGUGGUGACGCCAAUGCUGAACCCUUUUAUUUAUACUCUGAGGAACCAGGAUGUGCAGAAUGCCACCAAAAGACUCUUCAGGUGCUCAAUGUAA